AAUAAGUCCAUCCGUGAAAUUUCCUUGCUACUAAAUAUUCCACGGUCAACUGUUAGUGGUAUUGCAACAAAGUGGAAGCAACUGGGAACAACAGCAACUCAGCCACAAAAUCAUAGGCCAUGUAAAAUGACAGGGCGGGGUCAGCACAUGCUGAAGCACACAGUGCGCAGAAGUCACCAGCUGUCUGCAGAGUCAAAUGCUAAAGACCUCCAAACUUCAUGUUGCCUUCAAAGAGCUUCAUGGAAUAGGUUUCCAUGGCCAAGGAGCUGCAUCUAAGCCUUACAUUGCCAAGUGCAAUGGAAAUGUAGGAUGCAGUGGUAUAAAGCACGCCGCCACUGGACUCUAG